CUUAAUGGAACAGUUUAAAUUUAAUUAUUUCUCUUCUCUAAACUAACUAAAUAUUGACUAAUUUACGAUUAACUAGUUUAAUUAAUAUUCUGUCUUCUGGUUCUCCGUAUUCUUUUCUUUCUAUUGUGAUUAAUUAUGUUAUAAAUUCGUUUCAAACUGAUUAUAUUGAUCAUCUCAAGUUCUACCAGUUAUAACUAGUUAACAAUCCCUUCUUCUUGUUUAAGCACAUUGGAUUUUGGAAAAACUGUUUUUUCUACUUUUCUUUUUUAUGUAUAAACACAAUUUCAACUGAUUUUCUCUUAUCCUCUUUCUCUUCUCUCUUUCUACACCUUUGGUUCAUUCUCUUUCUUUUCCUUAUUCUCCUGUUCUCAAUUUUAUUGGGAACAUUUGGUUAAUAUUUUAACUAACUAGGCCUAAUUCUAUUUCAUCUGGUUACUUUCAUCCAUUUCUCUUUCUUUCCUUUUCAUUUUCUUUUUCAUUUUCAUCUUCCUUCCUUCUCAUUUUCUUACAAUGACUCAUAUUUCGGCCUCUGAUGUGGAUAAUUGUGUUGUCAAAAUUACCGAAUCCAUUGAUAUCAUUCGUCGGGGAUCUGUGGUUGCUGAUCAAAUGCGAGAGGCUCACAUGGUUAUUGAGACGAUUAACAGUAACACUAAUGUUGAAUCAACUCUCCAAGUUGCCUACAAAUUGAUUACCUUUAAUGGAGAUGAAGCCUUAACCCAAUCAGUUAAACAUUUUGGUCUUCAAUUGGUUGAAAAUUGUAUCAAAUAUAAAUGGACUGAAAUCUCAGAUACAACCAAAGCUGAGAUAAAAGCAGUUCUUGAAAAGAUGAUUUAUGAGACUCUAAUUGGAAAAGAUCUCAAAUUACUUAAAGAGGGUAUAUCAAAGUGCGUGGUUGAAGCUAUGAAACGAGAAUGGCCUGGUAAUUGGUCUCAUCUGAUGACACUCAUGUUAGGACAUAAACUCAAUGAUCGAGUUUUAUUUAUUAUCGGUCGUUUAAGUGAAGAACUGGGUAUAUUUUACUCACCCGCUAAUCGAGAUAGAAGACGAGAUAUGACUAAUGAGUUGAAGAACAAUUAUCCAGUUAUUCUAACUUAUAUUGCCGAAUGUUUAAUCUCUGGUAAUAGUGACCUAUGUUCGAGUGCACUUCGCACUUUGGCUCCUUUCCUUGAAUGGCACACCUUUGAUGAGCCUCUUCUCUCUUUUCUCUGUGAUCUCUUGGCCGCUGAUAUUGAUCCAAAUCGUGAUCGUGAACAGCUUCACAUCAAAAUUCAAACCACUGACUGUCUGUUGACCAUUUUAUUUCGUAAAGGUUCAAAAAAGGAUCGUAUCAACAUAUUAGACCUGUUUACUCCUAAAAAUGUUACCUCUAUUUUUAAAUGUAUCGAUAGUAUAUUACCAAGGAUUAAUGUUAACAAUUAUCAAUUAUCCAACGAUUAUUUUACUCUUGCCAAAAGAGUCUACAGUGUUCUUACCAUGAUGGGACAAACAGCAAUUCAAUUACAUCCAGUUAAACAACUUCCCAUGGAAACCUGGCAAAUAUAUACACAGAAGAUGCAUUCACUUUUUUACAUUGAUAAUUAUAUUCUUAACGCUUUUGUCCUACAAUUUUGGAGAGAUUUGGCCAAAAGCAAGGAACAUCAGACCAUCAUCACGGAGCCUCUUUUAACCAGUUUACUUUCAAUUAUACCAGAGAAAUUAUAUAAACGACCCUUUGGUGAUCCAUCAAUUCCUAUGGAGUUUGAUGAUGAGGAAGAUUAUGAUGUUUUCUUUAUCAAAUUUAAAGCUGAACUAACCGACCUUGUACGUUCGUUGACACUUUAUCGUGAAGAUAUUUGUUUCAAUUUUGCUUCCAAUUUACUGAUGGCAACUCAAAUUAAAAAGGAAAGUGGACCCGAUACAAGUGCCAAUUUUAAAUGGGAAAUUACUGCUCACAUAAUGGAAGCCGUUUGUAACCGUUUAACUAAUGUUCAAGCUUUCUGUCUACAAGGAUCUCCUCUUCUCAAUAUGUUAGUUAAAUCGGAAGGAACUGAUACCAGUGUUGAAAUACUUUCCAGUCAACUAUCAUGUUUAUCUGCACUUACCGUUUUUGUACCUCAUCUUUUAUCCCAAGAACCCAAUUUAAUCAGUGCCCUUUUGGAAAAAAUGUUUAAACUUGCAGCUUAUGAACUUCCAGGAGAAAGUAAAGAUAAUCGAAGUAAAUCUGUUCGUAACCUGAGGCGUUAUGCUUGUGCCUUAUUCGUUAAAUUAACCCGAGUCCAUUCUGAAAUAUUGUUCCCUAUUUUUGACCAACUUAAGGCUCAUAUUCAUAAAACUUUUGCCCUUAAACUGGAAGCAAGUCAAACUGAGAUAUGUACUCUUAAUGAAGGUUUAAUGAUCUUAUCCAAUUGUUUCACUGAUCCUGCUCAACAAUCCUUAUUCGUUAAUGAACUUCUUGAACCUUUAAAAUGGUUCCUUGAAUGUUACCUUACACCAGCAACUUUCAUUUCAACCUUUGGUCUGGAUAAGCCAACAGUUGAACAUGAAAGCAAAGGUCAAGCUCGAGCUCAACUUAUGUAUGCCAUAUCAACCCUACUUGGUUUACUCAAACGAAUCAAACGAAAGGAAGUCCUUUACUCACCUGUAAUGGCAUUUAUGAAUCCCCUGUGUAGCCUAUUAUCUAAUCUCAAUUCUUUAUGGAGACAAGAGAUGAUAAUACUUUGCCAUACCGAGUAUCAGUCAGUUGUUUUCGCUCCAAUCAGUGAAUCUGACCGAUUAUCUCUCCUGGAAAUUCAUAAUACCAACAAUAAUACUAGUCAAGAUGAAAGUGAGACUACAAGUUUGUUUAAACAUCCUGCUCAUCGAAUGCAAAAUUUUCUAUGGACUAUUCAGGAUUCCUGUUGCUCAGCAAUUGGUUGUGCUCAUUCGCUGAUUAGCCCCGAGCUAUACCUAGAAUUUAACAACAUAACCCUGGCUCUUGAUGGUUUUGAAAAUCUUCCCCUGAUGAAGCUUAAAUCAUUUAUUCGAUCUUUUCUCAAACCAUUCCUAAUCAAUUAUCCUGUCAACGAUUUAAAUAUCUUGGAGAACAAGUUUUUACCUUUUGUUAAGCAAGUUUUACCUAUACUAUUUAACCGAAUUGAUGGAACGUGUAAAAUAAUUCGAGAAAGAGAAUAUCAGAAAGGUGAAAGUGAAGUGGAAAAUGAAUUAUUGGAAGAGAAAAUUUGUCGAGCUUUGUCAAUUGAUUUUAUUGAACUUCUUAGUGGUCUAAUAAUUUCAUCUAAAGGCGGAGGACGAAAAGCUGAUAAUCCAAUGGAAGAAGAUGACUGGGAGAUGAGAGAGAUGAACGAACAAAACAACAAACCCAUUGAACAUACAGUUAGCUAUAUUGGAGAUUAUCUAAUCAAAAACAUGCCAAGUAUAAUUACUCAGAUUAGUUUCCAAUGUUUAACUUGGAGCGAUUCAACUGUCUCAUGGAAAGCGGGUGCUCUAUGUGAAGUGGUUCUAUCCCGUCUAAUUGAACAUGUUAUGGUUCGAAAUCCAGCUGAUUGUCAAUUUCUUUUAGAAAAUAUUUGUAAAUCACUUCGAUACUAUGGAGAGUAUGAACAAAAUCGUGGCAUAUGUUUACAAUUGGUGUCGACUAUUUAUGAAAAGUUAAUACUCGUAAUGCAAUUUGAUUCUGUUAAACAUUAUCUCGUCCAACUAUCCGAAGGUAACAUGGAAAAAUGGAAUGAAUUUGAAGAGAAUUGGAUUCGUAAACCACCAAUGAGCAAGAAUAUUCAAAAAUCUCGUAGAGAAGCGUUGAAAGAUUUACUUGAUCCGAUUAUCGGCAAAAGUUUAUCAAUCAUGGGACGAAAAGAGCAAGCAACCGGAGGAAAUCCAGUCACAACAAUUAGACGGAAAAAAGCGAGCGAUAUAUUCAACAAUGAGACAAUCUAUUUAUAUGAAUUGUUCAUCUAAUUUAAUCACCAUCAUCAAUUUAAACACACAAACACUCACACAUACAAAACCAACGAUAGCACAUGAAUGCAACACAUCACAAAACAGGAAAGAUGAAAAUAAAAUCGAUUGAUUGUCAACAUAAAUACGACAUGGAACCUAAAAUGUAAACUAACACCAUCUCUCCAACUCCCAGGCCCUUUCUUGACCAAUCAGCUGACUGGUCAUUUAAGAUGAGAUAAAUUUUUUUCUAAUUGAAAAUUUUUCACAUUGACAACAGAAAGAAACAAAAAGUACUGACCUACAUUGAUGGAAAGUACUAUUAGUUAAUCAUCUCUGUUUCUGUUAUUUAAAAGCCACAUUUUGAUUGUGAAAAGAUGCAAAAGUUAAUUAAACUUUAUAUUCUUAAUUGCGAAA